GGUUGAAGAGCAAAAGUUUGUGCCUACGAGAAAGAAAAAGAGAAACAACAUCACAGGGAAAAGCCCAUCUCCAGUAGUCAGCAAUGGUUUCAAAUUCCAAAACUUUUACUUUUGAGGAGGUGGCUAAGCACAACCACAAAAAGGAUUGCUGGAUUAUUGUCCAUGGAAAGGUAUAUGAUGUCACCCCAUUUUUGGAUGAUCAUCCAGGAGGUGAUGAAUCUUUGCUGUCGGCAGCAGAGAAGGAUGCCACCAUUGAUUUUGAAGAUGUGGGUCACAGUGACUCUGCAAAAGAAUUGAUGCAAAAAUACUAUGUUGGGGAGGUUGACGACACCACUCUUCCAGCCAAAGUUAACCAGAGUCAGCCACGACCACCUACACAAGCACAUGCCGAUAGCAAUCAAUCUUCUGGAUUUGUUGUAAAGAUCCUGCAGUUCUUUUUGCCAUUGCUGAUGUUGGGCUUUGCAUUUGCUCUGCAGUACUAUAAAAAACAAAAGAAGCAAGUCAGCGACUCAUGAAACCUGAACUUGGGCUAGAGCUUUAGUUUCAUUAGGUUUGUCAUUCAUAACCUAUAAUUAUAUCAAUGCAGUGUCUAAGUGUUAUUUAUUUAUUAGACUUCGUGCUGAGGCAGUAUUGUCUUGCGUGCCAUUUGAAUUCGUUAGGCCACCCAACAAGAUGCAGGGCUCUUGAUGUACUGCUCAGUCAUCCUGGCUGUGUUCAUUUAGACUCAACUGAUUUAAUAUCUUUUAUUUUAAACUUCUGUUUUUAUUGGGGGGAAAAAGGAAAAGAAAACACGAAUAAACUGGCUCUAAAUCUAGUGAUUGAUAUACAGAUUAUGCUAUAUUGUCAAUGGUGGCGUCAACAGGUUUAGCCAAUAUAUUUGGCUAUUGAGGAAAAUGGAUG